AUGAAAGCCCAACUGAAAUGCUGUGAAAAGAAAAAUGUAGACCUAGAGAAUCAAAUGAAAGAAGAGGUCGAGUCCAUGAGAGCCAAACUGGAAGGUCGCGAAAAGGAAAAUGCAAAGCUAGAGAAUCAAAUUGCCGGUGUUCGAGAGGAGAAUCGAAAAUUACGAGAAAAUAUGGAGCCUGAGCGUUUGACGGAUAUCCACAAGAGCGAAUGGAAGACUGCUCUCAGGGACAUGUUGGUCCAUUUUAAAGAGGAAUGGUCGAAAGAGUUUUCGACAUCCAAAGAACACGAGGAAAAAAUGGAUCUAUUGUUGUCGAAACUUGAAAAGGAUAAAGAUGAAAAAUUUGACAAUUUAAUGUCAAGGUUGCCCACUUUCAACGUGCAACUCAUUGGCGACGCGCUGUAUCAAAAACUCGAAGGACUGAUGAAUCGUAUCAUUACACACGAAGAAAUGACUGAAAUGUUGGGCAUGUUUAAAGUAGAGGCUCAUUUCGAAUCGCUCAAAACAAAAUUGAAAACUUAUGUCACAGCAGAUGUAGCCUACACUGAAUUGGAAACUGAAAUUAGUCACAGCCAGCAAAAUAUUAUGGGACUGGCGAGAGAGUUGUUGCGAAAAGUAUCGGUGGGAUUGGGUAAUAAUUUACCGGUCAUCCAUUUGUCUAAUCGCAUCGACGAGUUGCAACAGCAUCUCACAGAAAGCAAUACUCAACUGGCUCGCAUCGAUAAGGAUUCCAAAAUUACUCAGUAUUUAAAAAUGCAUUUUGCAGAGAUUGGAUACGGAGAGAAUUGGCAAGAGCAAUUGAUUGAGCUGAUUGAACGAUACAAAAAAUUCCAAGCCGAUAUGGUGGAACAAUAUCAGCGGGUUAGAAACAGUGUGGCGCAACGGCUUCUAGUCGAAAUACCCAUGAUAACGAGUGAGGAGACCGAACCUAGACUAGAUUUAAUGUUACUUUUUAGACCUUUGGAGGCUGAAAAUGUGAAUUUAGUAACGACCAAUACUGCGUUGCAGCAAGACGUACAAGUGACGCUUUCGUCUAUCCAUGAACGCAUGGGCACACUGAACCAAACCGACCAUUUACAAAAUUAUAUUCAAUCACGUUUCAUGGAUCUACAGGCGCGUUUGGAGACCCUGCAACUGCAAUGGGUUGAAAGACCCCAGAUUGAGGAAGUGCCAGAGGCUCAGCCCAAUUCUGAUGUCAUGUGUAUUGAAAAUGGAUCGCAACAGGCCUUACCGAGUACCGCCCAAUUGGCCAUCGAACAUGCACCAGAACAAAAUGAAGACAUACAAACAUUGAAAGGUGUUUUGGAAGCUGUUUUACACGUGACACUCCCCGAGGAUGUGGCCCGAUGGGAGUCGCUCAUCAGAGAAGAAGUUUCAAAUUUGAACAAUCGAUACCAAUCAGCGAAUACCGAAAUAAGUAAAUAUACCUCCCAUUUAAACACAUUGAAAGUUGUUUUGGAAAAAGUCUAUGACGAGAAAUUUUCUAUGUAUUUUGAUGAAUGGGGCGCUCAAAUCCAAGACAUAAUGUCGAAAAUGAAAAACACAAUGUCGAAAAUGGAAAAAGAAUGCGAAUCAGCAAAUAAGGCAUCAAACGUUUCACAAAAUAAACCUUGA